AUGACGAAGAGUAUAUCGCAAAAACGAAACUCAAAAUCACAACAUACUGGCAAUAUAUUGGUAACAGCUAAUGAAAUUUUCACGUGUGGAAGUAUAUCAACUAUAAGUGGGUGUAUUUAUCGUAUUACAGGUGACAUCACAUGUGUAUUUAUCGCAUUUAUACGAGAUCAGGGUGUAACUGAAGAAAUGACAAAAUACCAACUUAAAGAUCCUAAAACAUGUCGGAUAUUUUUAUCAUCACCGUUUCGUGGAAUGGAACCAGAGCGGAAGGAAUGGAUGAGUAAAUAUGUUCCACAGUUAGAUUAUCUGUGCCGGUCUCAUGGUGUGGGUCUGGUAAUAGUAGAUAUGAGGUGGGGUAUAACUGAAGAAUCAACAGAAAAAGCUCAGACUGUUAACAUCUGUCUUCGAGAAAUUGAUAGAACUGAUAUAUUUAUUGGAAUUUAUGCCCAGAGAUAUGGUUGGCACGGAGAGAAUGAUAAGGAUCUACAGAGGAAUAUUAACAAUGCUAGUGACAGAUAUCCCUGGAUAAAACAUCAUCGUAAUGCCAGUGUUACAGCUAUAGAAUAUCUCCAUGGUCAUCUGAACAAACCAGGAGACCUUCCUGCUUGUUUCGCUUUUAGAGAUAAGAGUUAUGACGAUAUUCAAAAGAAAGCAUUAAUUAAAGCCAAAGAAAGCAAAGUUGCUACAAAUUAUAUCAGCGAGAGUCCCGAAGCUGCUGCAGAUUUAGAAAAAAUAAAAACCAAAGUUAUUGGAAGUAAAGACAAGUGUCUUGCUGUUUUUGAUGAUUACAAAACUCCAGCCGAGGGUAUAGAAAAGAUAUUUGAAGUAGUAAAGAAAUAUCUAGAAACAGAACUCUUGGUACAAACAGAGAAAUUAUCAGCUCGAGAGCAGAAACUAGAGCAACACGAUGCUUUUAUAGCUCAUCAUAGCUCCUCCUACAUCAGCGAUGGUCGAAUAGUUCAGAGUCUUGAACACAGAUUGACUGGAAGCCACAGUCCACUAUUAAUAACUGGUCCCAGUGGAAGUGGCAAAUCAUCUCUGUUAUGUUAUUGGUUAUCUCAACUGAAAUCAUCUAAUACAAAGAAAGUUGCUUAUAUUUACCAUUUUAUUGGCUGUGGGGAGGACGGUAGCACUGUUUCCGCCUUGCUGAAUAGGCUGUAUUUAGAACUAGUACACGCUCUAGAUCCGAGUAAAACAGAGAAUGUUAGAUCACUCCAGGACCUACUCAAUCAUAAAAAGGAAUCAGACGAUAUCAAGGACGUGGUGAGAAAAUGUUCAGCUAAAAUAGAAGAACUGAGUUCCAAGAAGCGAAUUGUCUUAGUCCUGGAUGGUUUAGAUCAUGUUGAACUUUCGUCAAAAACAGCUAAGUGCUUAUAUUGGUUACCACAUGUCUUCCCUAGCAACACCACAGUUAUUGUGUCGUGUACCACAGAAUCUGAUGACGUCAUCCAUGAACUGAGAGACGUUCGACAAUAUGACGUUUUGGAAUUGAAACCUUUGGACAAAAAACACAGGCAAGAGAUCUGUGUGCAAACAUUGAAGAAACAUGGAAAAGAGUUAAAAGACAGUCAACUAGAAAAGAUAGUUUCCUGUCCGCAGACCCAAAUUCCGAUAUUUCUACGAACGCUUCUCACUGAACUUCGAAUGUUCGGUGAAUUUAGAAAACUGGAUGCAAAGAUUGAUUCUCUUAUAAAAGCUAAAAGUGCCAAAGAAUUGUUCCAGCAAUUAUUGAUCAGAUUGGAAGAAGAAUUUGGUGGAAAUAAAAAACAUGGUAAUUUAGUAGAAAAGGUUUUGUGUUGUAUUUGUCUGAGUAAUCAAGGUUUAUCAGAAACAGAAUUGAUCGCCAUCUUGAAUAUAACGUCUCACGUCUGGUCACCACUGUAUUUCUCUCUCAAUAAAUUCUUGGUGGAAAAUGGCGGACUGUUGAGAUUAGAAGUGUCGGAAUUAUUAGAAGCUGUAACUGAUCGAUAUCUGAAAGAUCCCAAAACAAGAAAUAUGUAUUUACAGAAAUUAAUCAAAUAUUUUGAAGGUUUAGUAGGGCAAUAUACGCUAACUAUGAAUGUGAUAGAUCCUCUGACUAAAAGACCAGCAGACGAACUACCAGAGUUAUAUAAAUUAGCUAAUGAUAAAAAGGGUUUGGUGAAAACGCUGACUAAUAUGGUUACUUUUGGUCGAUUAUUUUUAGAAAGAGAGUACGAUUUAUUGGAAUAUUGGAAAUGGAUUGGUUACCAUGGCGACGAAAUAUCUCAGUUAUAUAUCAAGGCUACAGAACAGAAAUAUUCAGAACUAAAGAAACAGAAAAAUUUGACCUCACCACCAGAAUUAGGGAUCCUGUCCUAUCUAGAUGCACUGACCUAUGUUAUGGAAGUUGGUCAUUUCAACACUGGACUCCAAACUAUUUUAGAUAAACGUCUUCAGUUUCUAAAAAUGAAAGAUCUUGAUAUUGAUACUGAAAGAAAGACGAAGAUGAUGGACGAUGUGAAACAGAAACUGGCCAUUCUGUAUAUUAAUACUGGUAGGUUGGAGGAAGCCCAGGUUCUUCAAACAGACGUCCUGGAGGAAAGAAAGAGGAUCGUUGAUGAGCAAGUUAAAGGGGUUAAAGUUGAAGAUUUAAAGUCUCUAGGAACAGCGUAUCAUAGCUUAGCUCUACUCAAUACUAAACUAGGACAGAAACAGGAGGCAUUACAGAACUUCAACAAAGCUUUAAACAUCCACCAGCAGAGUGGAAACCGCCUGGAAGUUGCUGAUAGUCUUCACAAUAUCGGCGUCAUCCUGAUGGAUAGACAAUCGUUUGAACAAGCUUUGAAAUAUUGUUUACAAUCUUUACAGAUCUAUGAAGAAGAGUAUUUUGGCCACCUCCCCCCAGCUAUCGGAGUAAUGACUGGUAAUAUAGCUGUUUGUUAUAGAAACCUAGGUCGACAGGAGGAAUCAGAGAAGAUGUAUAUAAAAUCACGAGCGAUAGCAGAAAGGGCUCUAGGUUACUACCAUCCCAAUGUAGCUCAUACCAUUUUAAAUCAUGGUACUUUAUGUCUUAAUUCUGGCAAUUUCAAAGAUGCUGAAAGACUUUUCAUGGAAACUCUUGAAAUCUUACAGAAAUGUGAAGAAGGAAAAAAGAGUACAACUAGUUUUAAAACAAAAGAAAAGUUAUGUCUUUCACAACUUAAACAAAAUAAAAAACAAGAAGCCUUUCAACUCUUCGACUCUUUACACAAAACACUGGUCAAGAAGAAAUGUGUAGACGAUUGCUUCGUUCCUUUAUAUACAUUAAUAGUGGAGGAAUUGAUUCAAUCUGAAAAUUACCAGAAAGCUUUGGACGUUACUAUGUUAAUCCUCAACUCCAACCAAAAACAAGACAGUAAUUUUAAACAUCUCAAUAUGAUCAGUAAACAUGUUGAAGUUGAUGAUAAAACUCUACACAAGUUCUCGAUCGACGAGGGCUUUAAACUAUUCCCGGGUAGUUUUCCGUUGUUCAGAUACUCGACCGAGACGGAUUUAAUACCCAAUGAAAAAUAUUCAGAAUUGAUAAAAAGAUUGGACCAAGUUUAUGAUAACAGUAAUCUAAAAGAAGGGUUAUACGAAACGACGAUGGUUUGGUGCCAGAAGCAAGGCAAAUCGGAUGGUGUGUUUACAAUUUGUAAACAUGCUUCGGAAAAAUUCCCUGAAAACACGACCUUUUUAACGCAGUUGACGCAAGUUUUACACGAACAAGAAAAAUACAGUGAAGCAUUACCGUACGCCAUUAAACUGGCUACCAAAUGCCCUGACAAACCGGAUGUUAUUUUAAUCACAGGAGAAAUAGCUGCUCGAGUCGAAGAUCUACCUCUAGCUAAGAAAUACUUCCAGAAAAUACUCGACGAGUUCAGUGAUAAUAAAGCUAUUUGUGAACAGGCAAAGAGUGGGCUGAGGGUUGUGAAUUUACUGGCGAAAAAAGUCUGACGAAUCAACAUCAUUGAAUCUUUCAUUAAUAUAUCAUUAAUAAUUUCCGUCCAGUAUUAAACUUUAUAAUCU